AUGAUUCAACUUAUUAUUAAUAAUGAAUUAGAAGAUACUGUUAAUAAAUAUGAGAAUGACGAUAUUGAAAUUAUAGAUAUCAGUGAAGACACUGAAAUCAUAGAUGUAGAUAAUGACAUUGAUAUAAUUGAUAUUAGUGGGGAUAUUGAUAUAAUCGAUAUUAGUGAAGAUAUUGAAACUAUGAACAUUAGCGAUGAUAUUGAAACUAUGAACAUUAGCGAUGAUAUUGAAAUUAUGGACAUUGACAAUAAUGUUGAAAUUAUGGACAUUGACAAUGAUAUUGAGAUUAUGGACAUUGACAACAAUUAG